UCAGGGAGUCUGUGAGGCGGCUGCAGGCCCCUCCCUGCGGAGCCGCUGGUCCGGCGGGCGGGGAUGUGACCGCGGGCUCCGUCAGCCCGCCCCAGGCGUCGUGUCAACUCCGUGUCAGCGUCCUCAGGCCACACCGAUGGCGGGGUCCGGCUGUGCGUGGGGCGCGGAGCCGCCGCGGUUUCUGGAGGCCUUCGGGCGGCUGUGGCAGGUACAGAGCCGCCUGGGUAGCGGCUCCUCGGCCUCGGUGUAUCGGGUACGCUGCUGCGGCACCCCCGGCUCGCCCCCCGGCGCUCUCAAGCAGUUCUUACCUCCAGGAACCACCGGGGCUGCAGCGUCGGCGGCGGAGUACGGUUUCCGUAAAGAGAGGGCGGCGCUGGAGCAGUUGCAGGGUCACCGGAACAUCGUGACUUUAUAUGGAGUCUUUACAAUCCACUUCUCUCCAAAUGUGCCAUCACGCUGUCUGUUGCUUGAACUCCUGGAUGUCAGUGUUUCGGAAUUGCUUUUAUAUUCCAGUCACCAGGGUUGUUCCAUGUGGAUGAUACAGCAUUGUGCCAGAGAUGUUCUGGAGGCCCUUGCUUUUCUUCAUCAUGAGGGUUAUGUCCAUGCAGACCUCAAACCACGUAACAUAUUGUGGAGUGCGGAGAAUGAAUGUUUUAAGCUCAUUGACUUUGGACUUAGCUUCAAAGAGGGCAAUCAGGAUGUAAAGUAUAUUCAGACAGACGGGUAUCGGGCUCCAGAAGCAGAAUUGCAAAAUUGCUUGGCCCAGGCCGGCUUGCAGAGUGAUACAGAAUGUACCUCAGCUGUUGAUCUAUGGAGCCUAGGAAUCAUUUUACUGGAAAUGUUCUCAGGAAUGAAACUGAAACAUACAGUCAGAUCUCAGGAAUGGAAGGCAAACAGUUCUGCUAUUAUUGAUCACAUAUUUGCCAGUAAAGCAGUGGUGAAUGCCGCAAUUCCAGCCUAUCACCUAAGAGACCUUAUCAAAAGCAUGCUUCAUGAUGAUCCGAGCAGAAGAAUUCCUGCUGAAAUGGCACUGUGCAGCCCGUUCUUUAGCAUUCCUUUUGCCCCUCAUAUUGAAGAUCUGGUGAUGCUUCCUACUCCAGUGCUGAGGCUGCUGAAUGUGCUGGAUGAUGAUUAUCUUGAGAAUGAAGAGGAAUAUGAAGAUGUUGUAGAAGAUGUGAAAGAGGAGUGUCAAAAAUACGGACCAGUAGUAUCUCUGCUUGUUCCAAAGGAAAAUCCUGGCAGAGGACAAGUCUUUGUUGAGUAUGCAAAUGCUGGGGAUUCCAAAGCUGCUCAGAAAUUACUGACUGGAAGGAUGUUUGAUGGGAAGUUUGUUGUGGCUACAUUCUACCCGCUGAGUGCCUACAAGAGGGGAUAUCUUUAUCAAACCUUGCUUUAAUCAGUAACCUAAGGACUAUUUCCUGUUUCUCCUCUUCCAUUUGCUGGAUCAUUGUAUUCUACAUCUGAAUGCAGAAGCACCCUUUUAUCAUUUUAAAGGAGUACUUUAUACAUUUAUUUAAUCCUACUAAUGUGCAAUCAUUGCCCUAGCAAUGUUGCAUUACAAACAUUGGGCACUGGGUAGGACAAGACCUCUCAGCUAUACAUUGAGGGGUUGUAGAGCAUCCAUGUGGGCAACCUUGUUUUAUGCAGUAUGGCAGGUGCUGCUAUUCCGUAUGUAACCUACAAAGACUUUAUUAUUUCGUGUGAUUAUGAAGCAAGGGUGAAUAAUAUGUCGUAGUGAGUAUUAUUAAUGAAUUUGUUAAGGUUGGUGACAUCAAUUACAAAUUUUUCCCUUUUGUUGUCAGGUGGUUCUUAUUGUUGAAGUUGAUAACUGUCACUGGAUGCUCUGAGUAAUGUUAAGUAAUUGUCAAGCAGCAGUUACCUACUGUGUUAACACUGAGUUGUGAAUUUUUUUAAAGGAGUACUGUAGUACAUAAUAUUCCUUUAAAGAAACUGCAGUGAGCCUAUCUACAUUUUUAAAUUAUUAAGGCUUUUAAAAUAGAAAGCUGAUGCUUGAUCUUGCACAAUUUUUAUGUCUAGUAUGUUUGCUUGAGUGCAGGUGUGAAAGAUUAGAGAAAAUUUGAGUCAGUGUACUUUAUAGUGUGAAUCUUGCGAGCUAAUAACAGUCUAUACCCAUCUCUUCCCUACCUGUUUCAAACCUGUGAGAUUGAAGAUAUAUGUUUUUUGAGAGUUGAUGUGUCUAAUAGAAUGUAAAUGGCAAAGCAGUUCAUUCCUGAGAGGCUCAGAACAAACUGGAGAAAAGACCAGGGUUACACUGAAACUUUUCAAGUGAUUGAAACAAAGAAGUAGUUUUGGUACAGGUAAAUUAUCCCAUUCUUCAGUGUACUUUAGACCCUGGAUUGGCUCAUCUUUUUGUAUUGAAUCUUCUAUGAUAAUUACAAAAUUUCUCAAGGUGUAGUUCUACCUAUUAUGAUGCAAAAUUGAAGUAGACUUAAAAAAAUUAGGUGUACAGUGAAGGGAAAAGAAAAAAGGCAAAGAGUAUCAUCAAGGAUCCAUCUUUUCUUCUUUUUGUCAUGCCUCUCCCUCACACAUUUUUCCCCUUUCCCCAUUCUCUGCCUCUGUCCUUAGCUGAAGAAAAGCCAGAGGAACAGCAUCCCAAGUGGUCUAGCUUUUGACUGUGUGGAAGUAAAGAAAGGUGUAACUAUAAUAAGGUAGCAGUAGAAAGAAAAAACUCAAUUCUUAAAAGGAUUCCUAGCAAUCUAAUAUGUCUCUGAGUAGAGAAUGCCAGUAUACAUGAAUUUGUGGAUACAGGUUGAUUACAUGGUUUUAAGAAUUCUAAGUAUGAAUUCUCACCAUAUGGUAGAUUGUCUUUAAAGGUAUAAAAGUAAGGAAACCUUUAUAAAGCACUGAUUAUACAAAAAGACAAGUUAUAUGUGUUAGGAUUUUUUUCCCUAUUUCCUUACCUGAAUGAAAUUAUUUUUUUCGAAGGAAAAAGUCUUUUGUAUCUUUUCCUGCUGGAAGCCUCCUCAUACAGUCUUUCUUUGAGUGUGCCAUGCAGGUUACUGAUAGCCUGAUUAGAAUUUGCAUAUUCAAACAAUCACUAUUUGACAUUUUAGUUAUUAUAGUAAUCAAAAUUAUUUAGGACUCUCUUAAUAUUUAUUAUGAAGCCAGAUUUGGUAUAAGAAGGCUGAUUUAUAAAUUACCAGAGGAUCUUGUAGCAUGGUCCCCAGUAUGUGCCCUUAGAAAGAAGAACUGUUAUUUUUUUAUUUUGGCCCUUUUAGGGGUUGAUUGGUUGGUUGGUUGUUGAAUCAGAAUUUAAGAGUAGAACCAAUAAUUUGAAGACCUAAUUUUCCUUAAAUAUUUGUAUGGGUAGCUGCUUUUGUGGUGAUUAGAAAUAACAGAUCCUUAUAUACCUACUGAUAAACACAAAAUAAAGAUGACUUUUUUUAAGGGGAAGUAUUUGAGGUUAGCACGUGUACUUCUUCCCUCGAACCCUAGGGAAAAGAGAGAGAAAUCCUUGCAAAUAAACUGCAGAUAGGCUUCUGAGCUUACUCAUGCAAUAUGCUGCUAACAUUGAUGCUGCACUUCACAGCCUUCUUUGAUCAUCAUCUUAUUGCAGAUAUAUUCAUACAUAUAUGUAGUGUGUAACACUAGUAUUUUAUUACAGAAGAUGCUAACUAGAUUUUAAGGGAGCUGAGGAAGACUUGAUGAGCCUGAAUAACCAUGCAUUGAAUUAAAUAUUUUAUAGUAAAGCCACAAAAUUGAAAAAAGAUGCCUACUAUGAUUUAAAUUGUCAUUUUAUAGCUUUUAUCCCAUUCUACCAAAGAUGACAUUUGCAGGUUCUUUCCCCUUUGUUAUUAUCAGAAGUUUAAUCUUAAUGUCUUUCUUAAACUGGAGCCAAAUAUUAUUAAAGAUGCAGUUUUCGUGAUUUUUUUUAGCGUGGAAUAUAUGCACAGGAAUUUUGAUUCCUUGAAGUUACUAAAAAACUAGACAUUUUCUUGAGAAGCAGAGUGAGGGUUCAUGUCACUUAACUCCAACCAUUUGGGGCAAAUUUUAUCUCAGGUAGUUUAUCUUUCCCUUAUUAUUCGUGCUUCCUUCCCUCUCAACUUCCCAGUUUCUUCUGUAUUGUUCCAUGGUAUUGCCAUGGUGUAUUCUGUCCCAGAGAAGACAUAUAAAAUGAUUAUAGGAAAUUUGGAAACAUUUGGAGGGGGUGGUUAGCUAACCAUUAUCGGAAUUAUAAUGCUCCAUUAAAGAAGAACAGUAGAGAAGAACAGCUUGUUAAAGAUAGCACUUAGCUAAAAGAAAGUACAGUAUUGGCUGUGUUUUAAAGAAAUUGAAAUAGAUUGUCCUCUUGGAAGAAGAGAUCUGCAUUUAUUACCACUGAGUGUCUUCCUUGUUCUUGGCCAGCAGCACAGCAGCUAUCUUCAGAGUAAUUCCUUUUUUGCUACCUUGAGCCAAAAUUAUGGGUGAUUCUAGGACAGAAUCCAUACAUAUAGUCAUACUCAUCCUUUUCUGGUUUUUGUUUGUUUGUUUGUUUUUUUGGUAUCAGGGAUCGAACUCGCCUGCUUGCAAGGCAGGCAGCAGAAUCUCUGAGCUAAAUCCCCGGCCCCAUCUUUUUUCUGUUUUAAAUGAGAGAAGAAUGGCCUUCUUUUUGGUACUAUCACUGCUAAAGAAUGCUGAGAUACAUUAACCAUCUGGCAGUAGUGCUCCACAUAGAGGCAGUUGAAAAAAACCAUGUGUGUAAUAUUUGUUUCUGUCUUAUUACACUGGACUUUUCCCCCAGUAAAGGCAUCAGUUUUCUGGCAUAAAUGAAAGAACUAGAGCACUCACCAAAUGCUGUUUCAUGGCUCUUUUGAGUUCAUUAAUUUACAUAAAUUCUACUAUUAGUUAUAGUUUGUGGUGUGGCAAAGAAUGCAAUGAAAAUUAGUACCAUAGUAACUGGUAGUAAUUGUAACAGCAGUUACUGGAUAAGGGAGUCAGGGAGACAUUCAGUAAGAGAUACUAGACUCUCAUGCAAGGGUAUGUGGUAGGUGGCUUUAUUCAGAUUAGGGUGCAGAUGGAAUCACAUCAUGACCUUUAAUCUGGUGGAUGUGUAGAUGAAGAUUUGAGCAAGUGCCUUGUUUUUCCUGGAAAAUAUUAAAACUCACUUGGGACAAACCUUCCCAGAUAGAUGACGAUUAAUUGCACCUCUGCCUUUUUCUUGGAACAACUUCUGGAUUGAGUCACCUAAUAUAAAAGUUCAAAAUUUCCUUGGUGAUUUUAUUUUGGUAUGUGUAAAACUGUUCAUAUUUGAUUUUAUUCCAUUAUUACAUGUAAUGGAAAAGACACUUAUUAGGCAGAAUCUAAUUCUUCCUUGGAUCUAGUUCCAUUUCUAAUGUCAAGUUCCUUCCUCAUCUUUCUACUCUAGCACUGUAAUGUAAUUUAUUUAUUUGUCAAGUUUAAUCACAUACAGACCAUUUCUUGGUCACAGCUCAAAAGAGUUUCAUUUCUUCUUACGGUGCUUAGUGAAUCACCUUUAUUUUGAGAUGGCAGUCUUUCAAGUUACCGUAGUAACUUGACUAACUAGCUUAACUAACUAGCUUUCUCAAUGAGUGUACAUGUUAAAUUGCCAUCAUUUGGAGCUCAUCUUAGUCUCCUGUGGUAUAUUUAGUUUUUAUAUGGUUAAUCAGAGGAACACAGACAUUUUUAGUUUUUUCAGUACCCAGAGUUUUAAAAUACUUGAUUUUAUUUUAAUUUAGCUUCUGUACCUGAUACCAUGCAUAGGAUAUCAUGUUUAUUAUUCUAGCGACUUUCCCCCACCUCAUAUUUUUCAUUGUUAUUUAAAUUUUGUGUGCUUUCCAGUGGCGUGCAGUUGACAAUUACUGUGGAUGUUUGGGAAAAGGUUAAUAAUUUUAAUUAUUUUUGCUGCAAUUUUAUAGGGUAAAUGACUGUAAAAAGAAAAAGUCUAUAAACCAGAGAGCAUUUAGGAAAUUUUAUAUUUUAUAGAUGGUCAUUAGGGUGAUCUUCAGGACAUGAUACAUUGUUUACACAGACUUUGUUCUCCCAAUAUGAAGUUUUCACUCAUUUUCCUAUAGCUCAGCACUUUUGUUCUUUGUACUGCUUAUGAGGAUUAUUUUAAAUUUGCUUUAUUUGUGUUUUUCAGAGAAUUAUAAUCAUGACAGUUAUACUUCUGGUACCAUAAAUGUUGGAAUUCAUGAGAAAGUUAUCAAACAGUUGCUCGAAUAUUAUUACCCAUUAAAUUGGAUAGCUGCCACUAUAACCUGAAGAAUAUUGAUGGCUCAGUUGAAGGCCAUUUAUGCUUUAUGAACUAACUUCAUAGUAUUGUAAUUUAAAAGCAAAGAGAAGCAUUCUUAUUUGCCUUGCAUGACCAUUAAUUUUUGUUUUGCAGAAGAGAACUAAUUUUGUUAAACUAUUUUGUAUACCAACAAUGUCAUAUUCUGGGAAAAAACUGGAAUUGUUCAUUUUUGUUUGUUUCUUUUUGGGAAAUCCUCAUAGUAAAAAUCAGAGCUUCUUGCUACCAUAAGCUAUUGAUUGUUAAUGAGAAUUAUUUGUAGCCAUUUUU